UUCUGUGACCAUCAGCUUCGGCUCAGUCCCAGUGAAAGUGUCUUGCAUAAAUUUCGCUGACAACGCGUGAAAUACCACACCGUCGGGUUCACCUUUAGAAGAGGCUGUCAUUUUCCUUUUAAACUGUAAACGCGGAGAUAAAAUCUGAGACACAUAAGGAAAAUCUAUAUAACAAAAACUGUACUGCUUCAUCCAUAAAGUCAAAGCUUUUUGGUUUUGUUGCGAAGAGACUCGUUCGUUAUUGGAGACACAGCAGUAUUUACCUGAGACCAUUACCUGUGUGAAGCGCACCUGUACGGACUCGCAUAACGUGGAUUUUACAAGAGAGAAAAAGAGUCUGGAAGUAUAGCUUCUAAGGACGUGAGAUGUACGAUCCAUUUAGUAAAUUGAUCUAGAUACCGAGCUGAAUUUUGCCUUGAAACUGAUUUUUUAAAUGGUUAUUAUCAUCCGGAGUUGACUCAAAUCAUGUCCAAAUCCUCAGAUCAGUUUGACAGCUCAGACUGCGUGUGUUCAUUCGGAAUGAAGUUGACUUGGGAUAUAAACGACCCCAAGCUUCCACAGGACACGAAGCAUUAUGAUGCUUUUCAGGAGUGGACAGAUGGUUAUGUGCGUUACAUCUACAGUAGUGAAGAUAAGAAUGCGCAAAGACACCUGAGCGGAUGGGCCAUGAGGAACACGAACAACCAUAACUGUCAGAUCCUGAAAAAGUCUUGUCUUGGUGUGGUGGUGUGCUCACGAACCUGCUCUCUUCCAGACGGAGCCAAACUUCAGCUGAGACCAGCCAUCUGUGACAAAGCGCGACAGAAACAGCAGAAAAAGCUUUGUCCGAACUGUAAUUCAGCACUUGAAUUGAUUCCGUGCCGAGGUCACAGUGGUUAUCCUGUUACCAACUUUUGGAGAGUAGAUGGGAAGGCUAUAUUUUUCCAGGCUAAAGGAGUACAUGACCACCCCAGACCAGAGAGUAAGUCUGAAACAGAGGCAAGAAGGAGUGCGGUGAAAAGAAGGAUGUCUUCACCACCCUUUUCACAGAAAAGAAGACUGGUGGAGCCAGAGCCUGGACGAUAUCAUGACAUGGCCUUUCCAAAUAUCCACCAGCUCACCAUGGAGGGUCCAGAGCGCUUCAGCAUCAUUGCAGAGUCCAACUUUCCAAUACAGACCCAACACUAUCCUACAUUUCAGAACCCUGAGCCCUACAAAUUCCCAUAUGACACGCAUGCAGCAGCCAUGGCGGAUACUCAGAGCUCGCUACAGAAGCCUGCUAACCACCGUCUGUAUGUGACUCGUCCUCCUUGUGGUUAUGACUUUGCAGUCCCAGGAUACCUUGGCUCGGGGCCUUAUCCAGCAGCAUUGUAUAAGGAUCCUUCUAGCCCACAAACAGAGACAGAACCCAAUAAGUCAGGGUCUGGCCUAAGUGGAGUGUCUCAUGGCUCAAGUCCAUUAGGCAGUCAUGAACGGAGCUAUGCUGAAUCUUCAGGAAAACAUCACGGUUGGAAGCAAAUUCUUAGUAAAGGUGGCUAUGGGGACAGAGGAGACUACUCUCAACUGCCAACUAACGCCAACCACCACUACUACAAUAGUGACUACCCAUGUAGGUACACGGGGCCUGCCGCUCCAACCCCAGCAGCGUUGCAGACCAUAAUAACCACAACCACAAAAGUGUCCUACCAGCCAUGUCCGAAGCCAUCUGUCGUCAAGUACGGAGAGAACAUUUAUGACGUGAAAGGUCUAUCUAACUGUAACUCAAUCUUAGAAGAGCCAUCUCCUAACUCCUACUCGGACCUGAAGAUUCCUGAGGAUUCAGGAGUAAUCAAAUCUGCUCUGUCAUACCAGGACACACUUCCAGCUAAAAUGGAGCGGUCUGAAAACUUUGAGGGUUAUCGAUACAGCAGUUACAGCUCAAACAGUUACCCUGAAAGAAUGUCACAUCCUUUCAGAUAUGACAGCGGGGAAUACUGAGAGACUAAAAAAAAAAAAAGAUGGUGUCCAACAGAAGGAAAAAAUCUCAGCAAGUAUAUACCAAUGUGCUAUUUAUGUUCAGUAUUUGAGCUCUUUAAAUGUUUUAGUUUUAAAGUAAAAAAAUAAAGAAAUAUUUUUGUGUUAACUUUUAAUCCAUGAUGAUUUAAGACGCUGACAUCAGUGUUGAGUACAUUUCCAUUGAAUGUGUUUGAAAUCUGUGAUUCGUUAUUGUCCUUGAAAGAAAUA